AUGACUGAGGUUUGGAGAAUCAAAGAGAAGACAGGAUCAGAAACAUGUUCUGUUUCUGAGACAGAGGAACAAAGAGAUUCAGUUAUGAAGACAGUGGACCUUGAGUUGGAGAAGAUGCCAAAGGCCGAGACAAGCUUUACCAAGAACGAGAUAGGGCCACAAGACAUAAGUACAAAGCCCAUACUGAUGAACAAACAAGCAACGGUAACAUUAUGUUCUGAAAACAAAGGACAAGUAAAAGACAAAGGAAGUGGUCCUGGCUUGUACGGAUUGCGAGAGACAAUAACAUUGAAGAACAACAAGAAACAUAAUGAAAAGCUUCAGUUUACAUUUGUUCUUUCUCAAGAUCCAACGUUUGAAGACAUAGCUCCUCGCCUCACUGGUUUUGACGAUAGACUCAAGUCUUAUGAAGGAACUCAGACGUCUGUAUCACCUCACCUAGCAUUUCAAGUGUCAACCAACGACAACAACUUCACUCAGAGUGCAAACUACUCACAGGAAAAUCCCCACUUUAAUCAAUAUCGUGGUCGUGGAGGCAGCAACGGCAGGUUUGGUUAUGGUAGAGGCAGAGGAUACUCAACUAGAGGUCGAGGCUUUCAUCAGCAAGUCUCUCAAACCUGCAACCCCUCUCAAGGAGAUACCUCAACACGGCCAACCUCUCAGAUCUGUGGCCGCUUCGGUCACAAUACUCUCAAGUGUUACAGACGCUUUGACAUAUCUUACCAGAGUGAAGAACUACCCUCAGCCAUGGCAGCACUUCAUGUUACCAACGAUCCCUCUUCCAUUCAACAAUCUUAUCAUGGUACUGAGUGGUAUCCUAACACUGCUGCAACGGCUCAUAUCACCAACUCUCAACAGAAUCUCCAGACAGCUCAAUCAUAUCAUGGUCAUGACUCGGUAAUGGUGGCAGAUGACAUCUUUCUACCAAUAACUCAUAUUGGAUCAGUGCCACUGCAAACCAAUUCUGGUUCCUCAGGACAAGCAAACCAAGCAAAUCCUGACUUAAGGAAGCAGACUUAAGGACCUUUAUGUUCUGGAUAACUCGAUGUUCUCUGCCUUCUAUACAGCAAGACAAACAGCAGCAAGUGCAGAUGUGUGGCGUUGAAGAUUGGGUCAUCCGAGCUCAGAGAUUCUUCAAAAGCUAUCAUCAAGUCUAUCUAUUAACAUCAAUAAAAGCAUGACCAUGAUUUGAGACUCAUGUCAACUUGGCAAAAGUGCUAGAUUACCUUUUCCUAGUUCUGUUUCUGUAUCUAGUAGACCUCUUGAAAGGAUAAGCUGUGACCUUUGGGGUCCAUCUCCUGUUAGCUCUGUCCAAGGAUUCAAAUAUUAUGUUAUCUUCAUAGAUUAUUUCUCAAGAUAU